AUGGAGCAGAAGCCAGGGCUCGUCACUUCUCUUUGGGGAGCAGGUCGUCGGUCGCUGGCCAGACUCAACCAUGAGAGUGCUAUUCGUGGUGGGAAGACGAUGUCUAGCCGAAGUACUGGCUUCGGGGAACUACUGGAAGCUUUACCAGUGACAGUCACACAACGCUGGGACAAACGGACUAAAAUCGAUCGUGUAAAGUAA